GAUACGAGCAACUCCUUGCUACAAUCCGUAGACCGUGUUGUAGAUAUAAAACUAAUUCGUUUCUAUACGGUGUUUUAAGUUAGAAAUAUAUAGAGAGAGAGAAAUAUAUUGAAAUAUAUAGAUAUAUGGUUUGACCUUGUACGAGUUUACGAAGCGUGUUUGAAGUUUAUUAUUAUUAUUAUUAUUAUUAUUAUUAUUAUUAUUAUUAUUGUGAAGAUGUUGGCGGUUCGCUCACUGGUCUGCAGACCCUACACCUUUCUGCUGAAGCCUGCUGCUCAGACAGGAGCUGUGGGCUUCAUCCACACCAGUGCCAAGUUCAGCAGUGCCAAAGUAGCAGUGGUGCUGUCUGGAUGUGGAGUGUAUGAUGGUACAGAGAUCCAUGAGGCGUCAGCAAUCCUGGUGCAUCUGAGUCGCGGUGGUGCAGAGGUCCAGAUGUAUGCUCCCGAUAUGGCUCAGAUGCAUGUUAUAGACCACAGCAAGGGACAGCCUUCAGAGGAGUCCAGGAACGUCCUAGCUGAGUCAGCUCGCAUCGCCAGGGGUAACAUCACUGACCUGGCUAAGCUGAGUGCCACUAACCACGAUGCAGUCAUCUUCCCUGGAGGCUUUGGAGCUGCUAAAAAUCUGUCGACGUUUGCUGUCGACGGAAGUGACUGUGCCGUGAAUAAGGAGGUGGAACGUGUCUUGAAGGACUUCCAUAAAGCAGGCAAGCCUAUUGGAUUGUGCUGUAUCUCUCCGGUGCUAGCAGCGAAGGUGCUCCCCGGUGUGGAAGUGACCGUGGGCCACGAGGAAGAGGAAGGGGGAAAGUGGCCAUACGCCGGCACUGCUCAGGCCAUCACUGCGCUCGGGGCCAAACACAAAGUCAAAGACGUCACCGAGGCACAUGUUGACCCAAAGAAUAAAGUGGUGACCUCUCCUGCGUUCAUGUGUGACACGGCGUUGCACCUGAUCUUUGACGGGAUUGGUUCCAUGGUCAGAGACAUCCUGAAGCUGACUGGGAAAUAAGUGGCGCACGGCUUCCUUCAACAAGCCUUAGACUCUUUGUGGUUUAUUAUUUGCAAAAAGAAUAUUUUUCUUCAUAUCGCAGCGUGAUAUGUGAAUAAAGUUUUAGUUCACGUCUAAACAGAACUCCAGCAUGAUUAAAGUGACAGACAUCAUUAAUCAAAAGCCUAUCUCCGCAUCGUUUUAGUUCUUCAUAAUGUCCACUAGAUGGUGCAGUGUCACAAGCAGACUGGCACUGAGAACGCCACUGCUGGAACUAGAGUAAACCAGUAGUUUUUAAAUGAAAAAAUAUACUUUAUUUCAACAGUUUUUGAUCUCAUUUGUUUGUACACAAAAUUAAAACAGUUUUUUUUUGCUGCGUGUGGAAUUAUGAAAUAUCAUUUUAGAAUCUGAUUAAAAUAAUAAAAGGAGGAAAAUGGUGUUUUAAUUCAUCUUUUAAUAUCAAGUAAUUAUGUAUCUGAGUGAAAAGGAAAAAAAAAAAAACCUUCCUGGAUUUCUGUGUAACUUUACAUGGUCUUGCACUGUGUAUCAUUGUGUGUUGUAGGUGAGCCGUGUCGAAAGAUAAGACACAGGAAGAGCAAAUGUGGUUGACAAUGGAGCUCAAGAAAAGAUCUGACGAUGUGAGAACUGCAAUACGUACACGAAUGUAAUAUGUUAAUAUCCAAUAUGCUUACAAUUAAAGUUAUUUUUCCUUGUUCAAA